AUGGCGACUUUAGCCGAUAUUGGUUAUUCUGCAGCCAUCAAUCUGACGUCUGCAGUUACAUUCCUUUUUGCGUUUGCAAUGUUGCGACUUCAGCCUUUUAAUGAUAGGGUCUACUUCCCAAAAUGGUACCUGAAGGGGAUAAGAUGCAGCCCAACAAAUUCCAGAUCAAUUGUCAAGAAAUUUGUCAACCUUGACUUUGGGACCUACAUUAGGUUCCUCAAUUGGAUGCCUGCAGCAUUGCAUAUGCCUGAACCCGAGCUUAUUGAUCAUGCAGGCCUUGACUCUGCCGUCUUUAUUCGGAUUUAUGUCCUUGGUGUCAAAAUAUUUGCCCCAAUUACCGUACUGGCUUUUAUGGUAUUGGUUCCUAUAAACUGGACUGGAAAAACUUUGGAAGCACCAGCAGCCAAGGAUUUGACAUUUAGCGAUAUUGACAAGCUUUCAAUAUCGAAUGUUCCAUUUGGAUCAAAGAGGUUUUGGGCGCAUAUUGGUAUGUCAUAUGUCUUCUCAGCUUGGACAUGUUAUAGCCUUUAUAAGGAAUAUAUGAUUAUUGCAUCAAUGAGAUUGCGAUUUUUGGCAUCUGAACGUCGCCGUCCAGAUCAAUUUACUGUCUUGGUGAGGAAUGUUCCCCCGGAUAUGGAUGAAUCAGUCAGUGAACACAUUGAACAUUUUUUUUACGUCAACCAUCCUGAUCACUAUUUGAUGCAUCAAGUUGUUUAUAAUGCAAACUUGCUUGCAUCAAUAGUUGAAAAGAAGAAGAAACUGCAAAACUGGUAUGUUUACUAUAAUAACAAAUUUGAAAGAGACCCUUCAAAGAGACCAACUACUCGGUCAGGUAUGAUGGGUCUCUUGGGGACUAAAGUUGAUGCCAUUAAUCACUAUACUGCAUUGAUUGAAAAGUUGAGCGAACAAGAAGCUGAAGAAAGAGAAAAUGUUCUAAAUGAUCCCAAUGCUAUUAUACCUGCAGCAUUUGUUUCAUUCAGAACCCGAUGGGGGGCGGCUGUGUGCGCUCAAACUCAACAAACUAGUGAUCCUACCGUUUGGCUGACAGAAUGGGCUCCUGAGCCUAGGGAUGUCUACUGGGAAAAUCUUGCAAUUCCAUAUUUUGACCUGAACCUUAGAAGAUUGCUCACCACUGUCUCUUUGUUUUUCCUUACUUUUUUCUUUAUGAUACCUAUAGCCUUUGUGCAAUCUCUAGCUAACAUUGAGUCAAUCGAGAAGGUCCUUCCAUUCUUGAAAUCAGUAAUUGAAAAGCCAUCUGUAAAGUCUGUUAUUCAAGGAUUUCUUCCAGGGCUAGCAUUAAAGUUAUUUCUCAUAAUGCUUCCAAACUUACUUAUGACAAUGUCCAAAAUAGAAGGUUUUAUAUCGCUUUCCAGUUUGGAACGGAGAUCAGCUUCCAAAUAUUAUUUGUUUAUUCUCGUCAACGUGUUCCUCGGGAGUAUUGUAACAGGAACGGCAUUUCAGCAACUCCAGAGUCUUAUUAAUGAGCCCUCUUCAGAGUUCACAAAAACUGUUGGCAGUACAAUCCCCAUGAAAGCCACAUUCUUCAUGACAUACAUUAUGAUCGACGGAUGGGCUGGAGUAUCUGGAGAAAUCCUCAGGUUAUCUACGUUAAUCACGUUCCACCUGAAAAACACAUUUUUAGUGAAAACGGAACAAGACAGAGAGAAUGCCAUGGAUCCUGGAAGCUUGGCUUUUGCUACAUCUGAACCUAGAAUCCAGUUAUAUUUCAUGCUGGGGCAUGUCUAUGCUCCAGUCACACCUUUACUUCUUCCCUUCAUUGUAGUCUUCUUUGCUUUUUCCUACAUGGUCUUUCGGCACCAGAUUAUCAAUGUGUAUAACCAGCAAUACGAGAGUGGAGCAACAUUUUGGCCAGAUGUCCACCGUCGAGUAAUCAUCGGCCUGAUUAUAUCUCAAAUUCUUCUGAUGGGAUUGCUUAGUACAAGAGGUGCAAAUAAAUCAACACUAUUGCUUAUUGCACAACCUGUCUUGACAAUCUGGUUCCACAGAUAUUGCAAAGGGCGCUUCGAAUCUGCAUUCGUAAAGUUCCCCCUAGAGGAUGCAAUGGUGAAGGAUACACUUGAAAGAGCUGUUGAACCAAACUUGAACCUUAGACUUUAUCUUGAGGAUGCAUACGUACACCCAGUUUUUAAGAGUGAUGAGUAUGAAAAACCUGAUAUAGUUGAUGACGAAGAGGAGAAUCCUCUUAUUCAAACAAGAAGAACUGCUCGGAGUAGCAAGCCAGAAUCUGAAAAUGAAGCUGCCAGUGCAGGCAGUUGCUAA